AUGGGUGUCACAAGCAGCAGAAGCAGGAGUCCGUCGCAAAUAGUAUCGCCUUCAUCAUCUUCGGACGACCCUGAAAACUCUGGCGCCGCAUCUAUGAUGUCUCCACGGUCGAAGCGCAAAUCUGGCGGGAAGAGGUACAGCGUGGCGCAAUCGCCAUUAAAGUUGGGCGAGAGUGCGAUAAAGACGGUGUCGGGAGGGCUGCGCAGGAUGUCGCUGCGGGUAGUUAACCUCGCUGGCACGGGCAUGGCUGAUCAACUCCGUUUGAAGGAUUUGGACGAACCUAUGUCGGCCAAGAGCGAAGAAGACGGACCACCGGCCAUUGUUGACCUCAAGGAAGUUCUGCCGUUGCGAGGGAGAACGUUGGGUUUCUUGGGCCCCGACAGCAAGCUGAGGCAGCUGCUGUAUCGGUUCCUGAUUCAUCCAUGGACGGAACCUAUGAUCCUGGUCCUGAUCAUCGCCAACGCUGUCGUCUUGUCAAUACAGGCCUUUCCAUCCCUGACCUUACCCACCGCCAACGGGCCUGCCCUCCCUCCAAGGGUCAAGGGCUACUUUCACACUUGGGAAGACUACGUUCUCUUUGGUCUCUUCAUCGUGUUCACGGUUGAAGCCCUGGCUCGAAUGGCAGUGACGGGAUUCCUCUUCGACCCAGACGUUUCAAUGUUCGAACCAUUCGCCGCCCCCAACACUAACAGUAUUGCCGAAACUUAUACACCCACACCCGGUCCCAUUGGCCCUGGCAUCGCACGUCAGACCUCACUGUCUAGGGGGAAAUCCAUCACACAAAAGUUCCGCACUAUGAAGCAAACACUCCUACGACCAUUUGCUCUUUCGUCCAGCAAGCCACCCUCCGCCUCACCACUCACAGCAACCGUUCCCCCUCCCACCGCGAGGAACGGCAUGUCCUCUUCCAUACAUCCAACGUAUCCCCCACCCCCUCCAGACGACGGAACCUUGAAAGGUCGGAUAAAACACGUCGCACACUCCGUUCACCAAACUAUCCGUGAUCCCAAUACCCCAACCUUCCUUUCUCGUGCGAUGCGUUCAGACUAUCAAAACGGCGAUGAAAUCAAGCUCCCUUUCCGCUUGAGCAUCGACCACCUACACGACAAAACGACUCGAAAUGUACCAUAUCUUCGACAGAGCUGGAGUCGGAUUGAUUUUAUUGCUAUUGACGGCGAGGUUAUUGACUAUUACGUCUGGUACCACGACUAUCAUGCAUUCCUUAAAGACAGCAAGGCCUCUACUUACAAGCGUGGCUCUAUUCGUGUUAUUUGCUAUUGUCCUAUUUUCCACAUCAGAAUUAUCGGUAUUCAAUCAUUCGGCGGUUCCUUGCGGCGAUCCUGCUUCUUCAACCCUACUCUUGGCGAACCCGAGGUUCUCAUCGACGAACAAUUCUGCGGAGGAUACAUUGAUCCCGUUACACUUCGGGAGGUGGGCUAUGUGCAAUUGGAUGGUCGCCGUUCAAACACAGUCAAGGGAUACAUCUGCCCGCUGGGGCAGACAUGCAAGGAAACCGUUAACCCUAAAGAUAAUAUCGAAAGCUUCGAUGCCAUUCAUUACGCGGCAUUACAAGUUGUCAUUAUUGCUACCGCCAACGGGUGGACCCCGUUGAUGUACUCAAUGAUGGACGCUGAAUUCUUCGUUUCUUGCUUCUUUUUCGUUAUUGGAGUUAUUGUUUUGAACUUUUGGUUGAUCAACCUGUUCGUGGCGGUUAUCACCAAUAGUUUUGCUGCGAUUCGGUCUGCGACCAAGAAGAGUGCUUUCGGUGCUGCUCCUCUCAUCCAAACCGAGAAGGACAUGGAUGAUGGAUGGGCUGUCGUGGACAACCGCAAAUCCGCCAGCAGCACCAAUAUCGCCAAGACGUUCUACAGCCACACCAAAUGGUGUUGGGUCCUCCUCGCGCUCGCCUCCCUAGCCCUCCAAGCAAGCAGAAAAGUCGACAUGACGCGUCAACACGAACUCAUCCUCUACUACGGAGAGCUCGCGAUCACCUGCGCAUUCGACUUGGAGAUCGUUUUACGGGUAUUGGCCACACUCCCGGAUUGGCGGACGUUCUUUCAACAUGCGAAUAAUUGGCUGGAUUCGUUCCUUGCGCUUGUGUGCUCGAUCAUCCAGAUUCCGGUUAUUAGGAAUUCGACGCUGUAUCCUUGGUUCACCAUCUUCCAGUUGGUCCGGUUUUAUCGGGUUAUCUUGGUCGUACCGCGUAUGAAGCCUUUACUGCUCGCAGUCUUUGGCAACAUGUAUGGUCUCGUCAACAUGUCACUGUUCCUAAUGCUGGUCAACUACAUCGCAGCCCUCGUGGCGGUGCAGCUGCUACGAGGUGACCUGGGGAACGACGCCAACAUCAACUUUGGAGAGUUGUUCAAUUCGUUUCUGGCGAUGUAUCAAGUGUUCUCGUCGGAGAAUUGGGUCGACGUAUUGUAUGGGGCUGGACAGGCGCAGAUUGAGCUUGGUCAAACUGCGAUAUCUCUGUUCUUCAUCUCUGCUUGGAUGCUUUUCGCCAACUUUAUCGUCCUACAGAUGUUCAUUGCUGUCAUCAACGAGAACUUUGAAGUUGCGGAAGAAGCGAAGAAGGGGAAGCAGGCUACGCAUUACUGGAGUCAGCAGCAGGAGAAGAAGGGGACGGCUUCGUGGUUUAGAAAGCUGAAUCCUUAUCGGUGGAUCAAGGCGAACCCGGUCACAGUCAAGGUGGAGAACUUACCCUCCAGCUUGGUGCUGCCGAUGCAGAAAACGCUGGUGCAAGACUACAAUAUCCCCAAGGCGGAUCCGAAGGACAGGGCUAUGUCGAACACGAAGAGUUUGCUCAAGCGUCGGUUCAGGCCUAAGCAUUAUUCGUCCAAGUCGAUUACUGCGCUGGAGAAGCUAUUUGCGGGAGACGCCAAGCAAUCCGCUGAAGCGAUCCCGAUGAACACGUUCAGGAGUGGACAAGGUCACAGCCAAGAUUCGAACCCGGAUCCUUAUUACGAAGAGAUCGAGCGUCACCUUGAACUCAUUGCAUCGGUGAACAACGAAGCCGCGUACAAGGAUAAUGAAGACGACGAGUACCAAGAGCGGCGCGCGCAGAAGGCCGACUUCAUGCGUGAUCACCCAUCGUACGACAAGGUCUUCUGGGUCAUCUCGCAGAAGAACUGGCUCCGGAAGAUGUGUCAGAAGGUCGUGCAGCCGGCUCGAGGCGAGCGUAUUUUCGGCGAGCCCUACUCCCCGGUCGCGCUCCCCAUCUUCCAGCUCAUCAUCCUCCUGACUGUCGUUGGUGGUAUAGUGGUGGAGAGUGUAGCGACGCCGUUGUACCGACGGAACUACUACGAGGAGCACGGUUUCGUUCGCGGGUCAUGGUUCGAUAUCGCUGAAGCGGCGUUUGGAUUCACCCUCUUCAUCGAGUUUUUGAUCAAGGUCAUCGCUGAUGGGUUCCUCCUUACUCCCAACGCCUACCUUCGCAGUAUAUGGAAUGGCCUCGACUUCUUGAUCAUGGUCGGCAUCAUCGUCAAUGUCGUGACCGGUCUCAUCUUCAUCGGUGGUCUCAGUCGGAUAACGCGGGCAUUGAAGGCUCUUCGUGCUUUGCGUUUGAUCACGUUGAUCGACCAGAUGCGGAACACCUUCCAGAACCUCAUCAUCUCCGGUGCCCUUCGUAUCAUGGACGCGGCUAUCCUCGCUUUGUUGUAUAUGAUUCCGUACGCCGUAUGGGGUCUGAACAUCUUUGCCGGAAAGCUGAAUCUGUGUAAUGAUGGUGACGUGGAUGGGCUGGCGGACUGUGUCAACGAGUACACCAACACCGUUAUUGGCGACUCGUUCCCGUUCCCUGUUCCUAGGGUGUGGGACAACCCCUCGCCGUCGACGACCUUCAGUUUCGACAACUUCAAGUCCUCGUUGUUGAUUUUGUUCGAGAUUGUGUCAUUUGAGGGGUGGGUGGAUGCGAUGUGGGUUGUGGCGAGUAUUACGGGUCCGAACGAACAGCCGAGGACGAAUGCGUCGCAGUGGAACUCGAUCUUUUUCGUCAUCUAUAACCUCCUCGGUGGUGUUGUUAUCUUGACUCUCUUCAUUAGUAUCAUUAUAGGCAACUUCAGUUCGAGGACUGGAUCGGCCUUUCUUACUAUGGCUCAGAGAGAGUGGAUCGAUCUGCAAAAGCUGUUCAAGAGGCAGAAGCCGUCGAAGAGGCCCAAGAGGAGACCGGCGAAUGGGUUCCAGGCGUGGUGCUUUGACCGUGCUGUGCAGAAGCAUGGAUGGUGGUCGAGGACGUUUACUGUGUUGAUUGUGGUGCAUGUCAUCGCCUUGAUGACCCAAGCGUUCUCGACAAACAAGGUUGCUGAGAUGCCGAGGAACAUCCUGUUCCUUGCCUUGAUGAUGCUGUUCAUCAUCGAUGUCUACGUUCGACUCUACGGCCUCCGCUGGCGAAGUUUCAAGGCCAACGGAUGGAACUUGUUCGAUCUUGUCGCUGCCCAUGGAAGCUUUGUCACCACCAUCCUCGUAGUGGCGGGCCUCCGCAACUUUGUGGUCGUGCAAUUCCAGAAGUUAUUCUUGGUCAGCAUCGCCUUCAAGCUCGUCCAGCGUACGAACAGUUUGAACAUGCUGUUCAAGACUGCUGUAUCGAGUUUGCCUGUGAUCCUCAGUUUGCUUGGGUUGUGGCUCAUUUUGUUCAUCUUCUUUGGGAUCUUAUUCGUUGAGGUGUUUGGGUUGGCCAAGUGGGGUGACUACGAAACUCGGACGACAAACUUUAGGUCGCUCGGGUCUGCUUUGGUGAUGUUGGCGUUCCAGAGUACAGGGGAGGGUUGGAAUCAGUACAUGCACGACUAUGCUUUGUCUUACCCUCGGUGUACCACGGCCCCUUCCGCUCAGCACUCGUCGGACUGUGGAAGCGCCGCCUGGUCGUUCGGUUUAUUCAUAGCUUGGAACCUCUUGAGCAUGUAUAUCUUCGUCAACAUGUUCACUGGUGUGGUCGUCGAGAACUUCUCAUACGUAUUCCAAGCUUCGGGCAGUGGCGCCAAGUCCAUUACGAGAGAGCAGAUGAGGUCUUUCAAGAAGCUUUGGGCCCAGUACUCCAACCCUAGAACUGGCUAUCUAGAGCGCCAGAACUUCACCAAAUUUUUCAAUAAAUUAAGCGGCAUCUUCGAAGUCCGUAUAUACCCUGCCGAGUACAGCGUACCCAACAUUCUCGCUUUCUGUCGCGACCCUCUCGGCGAGCAAGCGUGGUCACCCAAGGUCGUCGAAGGAGUCGACUUGUCCAAGCUCGAACGUAUGCUAGAUACAAUCGACUAUCAGGAGAUUAGGAAGCGUAGGACUGUCUAUGCGAGGCUGUACCACGAAGCCACUAUUUCCCAUGAGCCCGGCCUUGGGAUCUCGUUCACCAACAUGCUCAUUCUUCUUGCUCACCACAAGCUGAUCGUCGAUGCCGAAGCCCUUGUGCUGGAUGAUUUGGUCAUCCGAACGGAGGUCAACAAGCUGGUUACUGAUCUUGUUAACCUCGACCGCGUCCGGUCGUUGCUUCGGACGUUGACUUUCCGUCGUCGUUUCCUUCGACACUUGGAGGAGAAGAGGGCGAGCAAGUACGAACAAGAAAUCCCCUCCAUCGUGGUUGACGGCAUGCCGGAGACGCCACCCUCUGCGUCAAUGUACCUUCCAUCACCAGACUCCCCAGGAAGCCCUACACCAAGUCGACGUGUCACCGCUCAAGAUAUUUCCUUUUCGCUGGAGCUCCAACCCGGCAGUGCAAGGUUGCAAAGGAGCAAUGGCAAGCGGAACAGUCAAGGACGGACACUAUCGAUGUUCUCGGAUGGUGUCAGCUCCAAUCGUUCAUCGAUGGUGGAGGAGGACCCGGAUGAGAUCAUGAAUGCGAUGCAGACCUCGGUCUGGGGUGAUAUCAUGAUGGAAGCUGCUGAACAAGAACGAGACGACCGAAAAGGAUCCUAA